CAAAAAUUGAUAAUGAAGAUAAUAUUCAUGAAAAAGAUAUUGAAAUUGUAGUUAAUUCACUUUCUGAAUAUGAAAAAUCAGAUCAAAACUGUGAUAAAAAUAAUAUACAGUAUAAUCCAGUAAAAAAUUCAACUUCAAAAAUAAUACAUUACAAACAAAAAAAAUAUCAAGUUCUUCAUCACAUAAUUUGCAAACAAGAAAGAUUUUUAAAAAUAUUUCAAAGCUGA